AUGAAUGAAUAUGUAAUAGAGGGUGAUUUUGAAGUUAUGCUUGGAGAAGUUUUGACUCACCCUGCUAUUGAACGGAUAAUGUUUUGGGGAUUUUCGGAGUUGUUUAUGAGCAAAGACAAUGAACAUUUGAUGAAUGCAAAAGGUGGCAUUAAUGAAUCUGAAAAUAGGUUUCUAGCUUUGAAACAAGACUGCCUAUCUCAUAGUCAUGCUCAUUUUGAUGAGCAAUGUCUUUUCAAUAAAAGAGGGUUUUAUGGAACUUUUAAUGUGGAAAUUGUGACACCAUUAAAGAAAAUUGCUAAGACAUUUGUGCUUGAUAAAAUGUGA